UAACCCAGUGACAUUCAAUACGUGUGAUGAAAAAUAAAAUCGAUACAGGUGUAUGUUCAAAAGUGACUUAAAUUUUUAGUUCAAUUUUCAACUUCAAUAAAACAGGUUCUAUGUAGAAAAGCAUAAAAAAUGUCAGUUGUUUGUUCAGAAAUUACAGACUCGGUUCUGCUUGAAAAGGUGGCUUUAUACGGUGCAAAAAGGUUUGUUUAUGCAAACAUCGAUGCAAAAACAAGAGCUGAACUUCCAUUCCCAAGUGAUUAUGAGUUUUUACCGUGUUUCCUACCAAAAAAGUAUGAAAAACUUUCAAACCGAAUACAAAACUUUAAAGUGCGUCCGAAUGACAUUUGGGUAGUGAGUUUUCCGAAGGCGGGAACCACAUGGAUUUAUAACAUAGUGCAUCAAAUGAGGAAUAAUCUGGAUUUUUCGGCAAACUUCGUUCCAACGCUGUAUGGGUACUUUGAGCGGGCAAUUCUUUUUGAAAACCAGAACAACGACGAUGAUUUUGAAUGUUUCAUAAAUGAAGUGCAUAAAGACAUGGAUAAUUUUGAUGAAGACAUAUCGCCUCGAGUGAUUAAAUCCCAUUUGCCUGCCCAUUUGUUGCCGCAAGAAGUUUGGACAGUCAAACCGAAAAUAAUUUACGUGCACCGAAAUGCAAAAGAUGUGUCCAUUUCGAUGUAUCACAUGUUUCGAAACCAUAAAUACAUUCGAUUGGGUGGAUCGAUCGAGGAACAUUUCGAGAAUUUCUUGAAUGGUCAUGUGACUUAUAGUUCAUACCAUGCUCAUGUAAACAGUUUCUUGCAGUUGCAACAAAUGGAAAACUUUCUUUUGAUUAAGUACGAGGAUAUGGCCGAUUCAAUCGAUGGAAUAAAAAAGAUAAAUGAUUUUUUAGACUAUUCGUACAGUGAUAAUCAGUUGAUUCAACUGGCUGAACAUUGUUCUUUCGACAAUAUGCGCAAAAAACAACGUUUUAACACCAGCUUUUUUCCAAACUUUUUUCGCAAGGGUAAGGCCGGUGGAUAUCAGGAUGAAAUGAGCCCAGAGUAUAUUGAGCGAUUUGAUCAGUGGAAAGUGUGAAAUGUAUCGAAUUUACUUUUGGCAGUUCAAAUGUAACUCACUCUUUCAACAACAACGUUGAAUUUCUUUUCCUUCUUAGUGACUUGUGUAGUUUUGAAAUGAUUCAAAAAUAAAAAUGUAAAAUAAUAAAUAAACACACAGAACAUCAUUGAAUCAAACCAAACAUUAUUUACUAUCUUCACAAACAUGGACCACCAGAAUUUUAUCAAAGGUGGAAAAUUGCUGUAAAAACAUCAACUCGUUCAAACAGUUUAGUUCGAAUCAAACUAAAUUGACAUCGAGAAUAACAUCAUAAAUUGUUUCUAAGCCUUUUGAAUAAACAUUCCCUUUGAUAUCAUCUUUAAUAUAACUUUGACUGUGAGCCUCAGCGUGGAAACAAAUACAAAGCAUGUGUAUUGCAUUUCUUUUUGCAUACGUGACUUGAUUUAGACGAAACAAUAAAUAGUUACUGACCUCACUCACAUUGAAUCAUGUUAUCAUUUCGCGAAAUAGAGCUAAUAUCAUACUAUUGUUCUUCA